GCCUUCGCCGCAUCCAUCAAACCGAAAAAGGAUAUAAAGUAGCCUUCCUAAAAUUUCCUAUUUCCCGACCCGCCCGAAUUUCCACGAGUUUCCCCUGCCGAUGAACUACAUAAACAGCCACUCUGCGGCCGGAAAGGCAGUAUUUCCCGGAGUUCUCCCGACUUGCGUUUACCCCAAAAACGGUGAUGGUUUUCCCUCGAACAACGUCCACGCCUUUCGUAAAUUAUUUUCCGAGAAAAUUCCAUAAUAAAAGAGACAUUUUUUAGGCCAGUCUGUUCAAUCCCGAUGCUUCGCUAACUACAUAAAAUGGGUGCUUACACAUCAAAUUACUCCAAUCCCGUACCUAAACUUUAAACAUAACCUCAAUUUUCCACUGCUUUACGAAGGCCGACUCUAACUUCAAAAUGAAUCGUAGACAUUCCUCGAAAAAGACCCAACCCAGUUCUUUGCCCCUAUACAGUCUGGUAGGAACAGUAGCCAUAGCUUGCUACGUGAACGGUCUAAAUGGAAAUUUCGUUCACGACGACAUACCAGCUUUGACCUUGAACAAGGAUGUACUGGCUGUAAACGAGCUGAGAUUGAUUUUUGUGAACGAUUUUUGGGGUACGCCUAUGAGCGACGAGAACAGCCACAAGUCGUAUAGACCGUUGACCACUUUGAGUUUCAGAUGGAACUAUCAACUAUUUGGCUUGAAGCCCGUAUGGUUCCACUUAACAAACGUCUUCCUGCAUGCAGUGGCGUCUGUUUUAUUUACGAUGCUCUGUGUGGACGUGGCCCGUUUGAAACCACCAUUUUCUGCAGUCGCUGGUUUGCUGUUCGCAGUACACCCAAUACACACAGAGGCAGUAACCGGUAUUGUUGGAAGAGCUGACGUUUUGGCAUGUGUCUUUUUCCUUAUGUCAAUACUGUUAUACCACAGUAAUCCGAGCGGAAAGUCCUAUCUAAAAUCGAGCAUAUUCCUAGCAGGAUUCAGCAUGUUAGCAAAGGAAACCGGAAUAACAGCGUUUCUUCUUAAUUUAACUUUGGACCUCUACUUCACUUGGCCAUAUAUGAGAAGGCCAAAACACUUUCUUAAAUGGAAUAAAGAAACAUGCCUUUUUGUUAAUCGUACUGCUAAAGUUCUUACUUCAUUUGGCAUCUUAUUGUCUCUUCGUCUGGCUAUCUUGCAGGGAUCCCUACCGAAAUUUUCCCAACAAGACAACCCAACUGCCUUUCAUCCUUCUAUUUUCGUAAGAUUCUCAACUUACUCUUACCUGGUGGCAUUCAACUUUUGGUUACUUUUAUGCCCUUGGACGCUGUCCCACGACUGGCAAAUGGGAUCAAUACCUUUAGUAACGUCCCUAUAUGAUCCCAGAAAUUUACUGACAGUAUUUUUGUUUGGAAUAGUCGUCCUACUGGUGUUUAAACUCGUAACGGACAUAGAAAAUCAAACAUACACACCAAUAGUUGUAGGUUUGUUGCAAUUGACAGUGCCUUUUUUGCCAGCUACAAAUUUCUUGGUUACCGUAGGUUUUGUAGUAGCUGAAAGAGUUUUGUAUAUACCCAGUAUGGGGUAUAUAUUAUUGGUUGUAUAUGGGCUACAAAUACUUUGGUACAAAUACACCAAACGUAGACAAACUCUAGCAUCGUUGUUAUUGUUAUUUUUGGUCACACAGGGUUUGAGAACGGUAAUGAGAAACAGGGAUUGGAGAUGCAGAGAAAGUUUGUUGAGGUCUGGACUUAGAACGCUUCCACAUAAUGCUAAAUUGCAUUACAAUUACGGUAAUUUUUUGAGAGAUACUUCUCAGCCUGAUGUGGCUAAAACGCAUUAUAUUACAGCUCUAAAACUUUGGCCUACUUACGCCAGUGCCCAUAAUAAUUUAGGAACGCUUUUAAGCAACAAAUCUGAAGCUGAAAAACACUUUUUGGCAGCAAUAAAUUACGCAUCUGACCAUAUCAAUGCUCACUAUAAUUUAGGCCAACUGUAUAGGAAAACUGGAAGAUAUGAUGAAUCCGAAGAUAUGUUAAGAAAAUGUUUAUUGCUAGAACCAACAUUCGCUCCGGCUUACGUGGAAAUGUCAAAACUGUUGGGAGCUGAUCAUUCUUCCUUGUAUAAAAUUUUAAAAAAUGCCUUCGAUUUGAAACCCAACGAUCCAUUUUAUGGUAUUCAAUUGGGACAUUUUUUGGCAAGAAAAGAUGACGGCCAAAGAGCAAUAGUCUAUUUUUGGAAAGCAUUGAGAAUUUCUCCGGAUCAACACGAAGCAAUAAUAGGAGCUGCGAACAUUUUAAGAAAAUCGGGACAGAAAUCACGUUUGUUCCAGUUAGUAACAAGAUGGCAGUUGAUAAGAAAAGGCAAACCUCUAAAAAAAAUCCACAUAUAUCUUCAAGAAUGGCAUUUGAGAACUGAAUUGAAGAACAAAGCCAAAGAAUACGACACCAACUUAAUUAAUAAUGAUCACUUGGAAUCAAAACAUCGUUUAAAUAUGUCCAUUUUUCAAGGGAAAAUGCCUUGGAUGAACAAAACCCAAGAAACUGCAAUACCAUCUGUUACUCUGCAGCACUUAUUAGAUAUAUCGUAAAUAUUUUAUAAAAAGUUGCAUAAUAAAACAAAGAUUUACGUAUAUGCUACUGUCGUUAUUAGUGAAUAAUAAAUGCACAAAAUUUGUGACCAAACAAACACAUCUAACUUUUUUUCAUAAUGUAUCUAGAUAGUUACUUAUUAUCAAUACC